AUGCCUUCGGAGACUGCUCAAGCCAUUUGCAGCAUUCUGAUGGGUAACGUAUUGGUCCUUUUUCCACGUCUACGGUUUUGUUUCGCUCAUGGAGGAGGUUCGUAUCCGAGCAUUGCUGGACGAGUUGCUCAUGGCUACAAGGUUCGCCCUGAUCUCUGUGCGACUGACUGCGCAACGAGUCCACGUGAACUUCAACAUCUUAUAUGGACAGAUUCUCUUGUACACGAUCCGACUGCUCUUCAUCUUCUAGUCAACACCGUGGGAAAAGUGAGCGAUUUUUUCCUAUUAUUUACUCACUACAUUGUAUGA